AUGCUACUAAAGAAGAGGUACAUUCUUGGCGACUUCAACAAGUACGCGACAGGCAGGCUCGCGACCCACUUUGCCGCCAUCUCGGACAUGGCACUCUACGAGUUCUCCGAAAAGCUAUAUCUUGACGAGAAGAACAACGCACGUCGAUGCCACAUGCUCCUUGUUGGUCACUACUCACGGAAAUCCGGCGGGCCGCCAGUAUGGGCACACGCUACGGGUGAAAGGAUUUGCUACUACUCCGGAUCAGGAACCCAAGUGACUCCGUUGGUCCAAGACAUACACUCGUCCAAAGUCUACUACGAUCCUCCCUUCAGCUACAUCGGUGGGUCGCAGGAUUACGGUAGCUUGAAGCCUGGAAUGAAUCCGGAACGCAAGCUUGAGCGUGCGGUAGUUGAUUCCGCUAUCAACUUCAUCUUCUUGCUGAGCGGAAGACUGGAGCAGGUCUCUGAUCUGAUGAAUCCGGACAUACUUAGCCAUUUCAGACUUGCCUGUACGAAUUUGGUCCGACAUCGAAAACCUUGUGUGGGAGACGCUUCAUACAAGCAGGGUUCGGACACGGCAGUCUUUGGUGCACCCGCGAGUGGGCAGCUACAUUCUCAUGAGCCCAUUGCGCCCGCUGAAUCAAACCUCUCGCUUGCGCGCCUUAGCAUGGAUACGGCCUCGCCCAGUCCAGGAAAACGUCAGUUUGUAGACCUUAGCGACGAUCUGACCGAUGGGCUACCAACUAGUAAGUACAUCAUCCGCGCUUCUCUGGAACUUGGCUAA